AUGUCGCGCAUUAAUGGCCUGUAUCCAAUGCCGGGUAACAUGUACCGCUCAGCACCCUCAGGACCGCGUCCCAGUUUCAAUACUAAGAGCUUUGCCUCGCCUGAGCCUGCAUCCAAGGAGGUAGUCGCGGAGGCUGCCCUUACUGUCAAUGAUCUAGCAUCCGUUAAGCUCAAAAAAGACAAGAAGAGCAAGAGGCCUGGCGCUGAUGCCAAUGGCAAGACUCCGAUUCCGCUUCCGCCCAAUGUGUCUGAGAGGAACAAGAAAAAGACGAAGAAGGCUUCUCUGGGCACUGAAGGAGGAAAUGAGAAUACAGAAACGGCUCCGGCAUCUGGUGCGCCUGGUGAUGCAGCGGCAACUGAGACCGAAGAUGAGGAUGAAUCCAAGCCUAAGAAGAAGAAAAAGAGGUCACUCAACGCAACAGUCGAGGACGAGGUGAUCGAAAUCGCUCCAUCGGCUGAUGCCACUUCAGCAACUACCGCGAAAGACAUCGAGAAGCCGAAGAGCAGUAAGAAGACGAAAGAUCGCGAUGGAGCUGAAGCCCAGCAGUCUGAGAAGAAGGCUGCCAAGAAGCGCAAACGCGCCAGCGAAGUCCCCGCCGAUACUUCUUCGAAAGCACCAGAGGAUACUGUCCUCGGCGGCGAGUAUUUCCAGAAUCUUGAGGCUGCCAUUGGCAGGAAGGUUGCCGACUUCGACUCGCCUCAGGCAUCAGCUCCUUUGACUGAGGCUCCUGCGAAGAAGAAGGCCAAGACUAAGCGCAAGCACUCAGAGAAUGAAGCAGCACCACUGCAAGAAGAGCAGAUGGGUGGUGCUCCCGUUGAGCCGGCCAUGGAGGUCACACCAUCGGAGGAUGUGUUGGCCAAGAAGGAUAGAAAGGAGAAGAAAGAGAAGAAGCGAAAGAGGCGCGAGAGUCAACAGGUACUUGCCGACACGGUAGAGCCGAGCAGCGCGACGGUCCAAGGCGAUCCACCCAAGCCCGUCCCGAACAUCGAGCAGAGGAAACCGAAAGCUGGCUCAUCCUUCAUCAAGGAGCCUAGGAACACGCCAAUUCCGCUCCCGUCCAAUUCUUCUCUGGGGGUAGCCAGCACCGCUGCAUCGCCACAUCGUACCCAGAAGAUGCGUGACGACCCGCAAGUGCUGGUCGUUGAGACAACUCCUUUGAGGAAGACCGUCGCGUCCAGUCUCUCACAGGCUACGACAGCUCCAGCUGGACAGAUCAAGUCAAAGAAAGCUCCCGCUGUCAAAGCCUCGUCUGCGAAACCAGUCAAUGGUAGUCAGCCUUCCGCAUCGGCGCCAGCAGCACUUCCAGAGCCUAAGGCAGUUCUUGAGAAGUCUUACGGCCAGACAUCACUCACUACUUCGAACCUGGAGCGUUACACGCAGCCACUUAGUGACCAGGCUAAGCCGCGCCCUCGUAGCGGUCGUUCGUCUUCAGUCUCAAGUACUUCUUCCAUGAGCAUCAAGGAGGCCUUCGCACGCGUGCCCAAGCCCUCUUCCACUCCUGUCACUAGCAAGACGUCGAACCCAUUCUUAGCGCCAGUCGCACAGGAGAAGGUUGAGAAAAUUGACAACCAGAAGGCUAACCUUCAGCUCUUCGACUCUACCCUUGCCGCCUUCCGAUCUUCCGUCAACAUGAUCGACGAGCAGGUCUACCUGAACCAACAUCUCGAGCUCCGCGCCGCCAACGACGCCGCCGGCCCACUCCCAUGCCUCAAAUCCGCCACGGGCUGUACUCCCAAAAAUGAGGAACACAUCCGCGCCUUGAAGGACUCCAACAGCAAGACCACACCCUCCUUCAUUGACCCGCACCAGCUCGCCCUGGACGUCUCCAUCGCCGCCGCCGUCGAGGCGGAGAAGUUCCUGCACAACGCUGUAGUUACUGGCAUCCCCGUGCCCGCUGGUGAUCUAGAGGGUACGUAUAAGAUCUACUGCUCAAAGUACACCGACACGCAUGCGGACAAAUACGGCUUCGGGCAGCGCAAAUUGGUGAUCUCGAAACCCGCGGGCUUUUUCGGCAAUACGUAUACUGCGCGCUUGAUCACGCCUCCGCGACCGAUGGGUUUUACCGUGCUAUCGUUCGAGGUCCCACCCAACGCGUCAUUCCGGACUAUCCGAUUGACGACCAGCGCGGACAAUUACACCAUGGAUCUCGUGGUUCUGGGCAACGGACACAUCCUCCUGCAAGUGGACAUCGGACUGUUCCUCACUGGCAGGCGCACCGCUACGGGCAUGGAGUUUGUUGGCAUCAAAGAGGGCGCGACAAAGUGGGCCGGACUAGAAGACGUCAAGACAGCCGAGAGGAAGAAUAUUCAGCGCAUGAAGGAUCUCGCGGAGAAAAAGGUGCGGGAGAAAGAGGAGAAGGACAAGGAGUGGGCUGUGCGAAAGGAGGAGCUGGCGAGGUUGAAGGCGAGUGGUGUUGAGUCGAGCCCUGUCAAGCCCGAGACUCCGACGAAGCCCAAGUCUACUGCUAAUGGCAGCUCCAAGACUCCCACCAAGUCUAAGACUACUACCGGCACCAACGGUGUCCUGAAGACUCCCACCAAGUCUAAAACUCCCGCUAAGCCCAUGAUGAGCGGCGCUCUCCCUUCCUCAAAGAAGCUCAAGACUCCAGUCGUCGACGGCGUCUCUCCGAGCCCGAAGAAGCGCGGUAGACCCACGAAUGCGGAGAUUGUCAGGCGUGCUAUGGAGGCUGCCGGGCAGACUGCGGCUUGA